CACAAUCUAAAGAUUUUUUCCCCACCGGUUCGUCUCGGUACACCAGUCAUCUACUUCACUCUGCAACUGCAAGCCGGCCCUUUCAAUUGUCAUCAGCUACUGCUUCUCCGUCCAUGGUUUGAGCACCGGUUCGAGCACUAUUUGCCUACCACCGUACGUGAGGUUCCUUUUGGUAUAUCCACUAAUCAAAACGCCAGCCACCUGCUUGCAUCGUUAGCUGAUUCGGCUCCAUCCUCAGCGGCAGAAAAGUGGCUCUAUCCAGCCCCAACCUGUUGAAGAACCUCCAUCCUCCGCGGACAGUCAACCGCCGGCACCUCCAUUACAGUCUCCUGCCAACAGUCAACUCCCGGUACCUGUAGAAGCUCCAUCAGACACGUUCAUUUCUCAGACGAAAAUCCGAUCUAUCGCAAUCCCAUAUCAUAUUCUAGCUCACUGUUGAAUGAAGGCAACAUACGGGUUGAACGUACCCCACCCAUUUAAUCCCGGUGUUUGCUUUGGUUUUGUGGAGCUUAAGAGGCCAUGUAUAGCUGAUUUAAGGUCUAAACGUCUUGUAUCGAAGUUGCAGUUGGGGCAUCAACUUCAUUCUUAUGGACCUACAACAUCAGGGAAUUUUUUGUGUGUUCAUGGUAGGAAGCCCAGACAAGAUCAAGCAGUCAAGAAACAACAAAUAUAUCCCCAAAAUGUGGACCUCCCACCCAUACAACCAAAAAAUAAGAAAAAACCCUAUCCAAUCCCAUUCAAAAAGAUCCAGCAGGCUGGAAGGGCUGACAAGAAACUUGCUGAAAUGGGAAUUGAGAAACCCCUUGAGCCUCCAAAGAAUGGAUUAUUGGUACCUGAUUUAAUUCCUGUUGCUUAUGAAGUACUAGAUGCUUGGAAAGUUCUAAUAAAAGGUCUUGCACAGCUCUUGCAUGUUGUUCCUGUCUAUGGAUGCAGCAACUGCCCAGAAGUUCAUGUGGGGCAGGCUGGUCAUGAGAUCCAGGACUGUCAUGGUCCUGACAAUGUGCACCGCAGAAGCUUCCACUCGUGGGUCAAGGGCUCCAUCAAUGAUGUACUCAUCCCAAUCGAAUCAUACCACCUCUAUGAUCCCUUUGGUCGUCGCAUUAAGCAUGAAAAUCGGUUUGACUAUGACAGGAUUCCAGCAGUAGUGGAGCUUUGCAUCCAAGCAGGUGUUGAUAUACCAGAAUAUCCUUCUCGUAGAAGGACAAAACCCAUCCGAAUGAUUGGGAAGAAAGUAAUUGACCGAGGUGGUUUUGUUGAGGAGCCCAAAUUGGACCGCUCUGUAGAUUCAUCUUCCCUACUUAUGGAGCUUGAUACAUAUGGAGCUCACAUUGGAAAAUUCCCACCACCUGCAGCAGCUGAUGUGCCUAAGGUUGCACAAGAGACCCUUAAAGCUUAUGAGACUGUGAGAUGGGGUGUGAGAAAAUUGAUGCAGAAAUACACUGUGAAGGUAUGUGGGUAUUGCUCAGAGGUUCAUGUGGGGCCAUGGGGGCAUAAUGCAAAGCUUUGCGGGGCAUUCAAGCACCAGUGGAGGGAUGGGAAGCAUGGAUGGCAGGAUGCAACAGUGGACGAAGUGGUCCCACCAAAUUAUGUAUGGCAUGUACGAGACCCAGCCGACCCUCCUAUGCGAAGUGCACUGAAAAGAUUCUAUGGUAAGGCACCGGCUGUUGUUGAAAUGUGCAUACAUGCAGGUGCAGAAAUACCAGACAAGUACAAGCCCAUGAUGAGGCUCGACAUUGUAAUUCCAGACACCGAGGAAGCUCGCUUGGUUGCAUAAGGUCAUAUUUGAGAAUGUGUAACAUAACAUUAACUUACAAAUCUUUUAGUAUGUUAUCUACCAAGCUGAUAAAAGGUUUAUCUCUGUACAGGAUUCAGAAAGACUAAUGUGUUCAUUAGCUAAUUUUUCGAAUAAAACUAAAGCAGGCAAUUUUGGUGCA